CUUUAGCGUCAAAAUCUCCUGGUCGGUUAUAGGCCUCGCUUUGCUAUGACACUCGCGAGACUCGAUCUACUGAUGAACUCCUAGGCUAAGUAAAACUAUUGGUCUCCCAAGGUCGGAGACUGGUCAGCCUGCUCCAACAUGUACAAUGCUGCGCCUUGUCCAACGAUAUAUUGCGCCAAGUCAAUGCAUUCCUCCAGGCUUGUCAUACAAUUGAGAUCUUGGAAGGAUCAUGCCCGUAGGUAUAACAAAAGGUAUAGGAUACUGGUCCUCGGAUCUUUCACUCACUCGCAGCUGUAUCCUGCACUGAUCGUACGCAAAAUUGCAGUUCCCCACCAUCAUCUCAUUUGCUCUGAUGUUCCUAUCAUGCCAUCAAGCUCAUGCAGAAAAGCUUCACAAACGAGCCACAUGUCAAACUUUACAGUCUCCAGUAUCGAGGGACAGGAUGCUGUACAAGACUCGUAUCCGAAGAACAGCUCACUCACCAUCCGCGUCAGCAAAAAGGCCGAUUGCCGCAGUGAAUCUGAGCCUUGCCCGGUCAUAGCAACAGGAUACAUGGCAGACUGGUUGCGACUAAACAUCAGUUCUGACCACGACACCAGUGUCUCAAUCUGGAGCCUUGUCAAAAACACAACUGGUCUUCGCACGCUUAGAAGAGUGUCUAUCAAACUGAUCCACAUCAAGAGCAAUUUCAAUUCGAGUCGAGCUGAGAUAUUUGCUGUUAAUCGCGCCAUGCGACGGAGCAUCGCCGGUAGAUGGCCCGUAAAUGUUAGUAGAUGAUAUUAUAAUCCUAAUACAAUGAUAUACGAACAAUUCUUGCGCAUGAACUGAUU